AUUUGGGCCGGCGAGAUACCGUGAACGCGAGGGGUGAUCAUAAAUGCUCGAGAAAAGCCCAAACACAAGAGUUAGUAGCGACCACUGUGCAAGUGCUCGCACGGCCACGAUCCGCAAGGGGCCGAGCUAGGAACCUCUGACACAAAGGCACGUGGCUAGCUAAUCGUAUAAUCCGGGCCACCAUAAAAUGCUAAACAAUACGGAAGUCAGAACUAGUACAGACACAUCUUGCAUGUCAUUGCUCACGCUGUGAGAAAGUUUUCAGUUGGCCUCGAUGAUUACUACUUGAUUUUACUACUAGUAAAAGAAGAUGGAGAUUACAUGAAUUCAGUUCAUCACAACACACAAAAGCUGGGGAAACGUGAAAAAAGGACACUGUGAACAAGAUCGAGGAUCAAAGAAGUUUGGCAUGAGAGAUUCAGAGUAAACAUCUCUGGUUAAACAGCGUUUAUACGAGGAUCAAACAAGUUUGGCAUCUCAUCGCAGUAGAUUUUCUAUUCGGGGGAGAAUUGAUGGUAGAUGCGGAUGAAGGUUGAAUUGAACAAGCACAAAGGGCUCCCAGCUCAUUGACUUUGUCUUCAUCUGCCCAACGCUGCGUCCCACAGGGGCAUCUGCCUCCUGAAUUUGGCUUCCUGUGUCGGGUUGGCCUUCUUAAAUCCACGACCCACCCACCCACACUCCCAUUUUUGGCGCACUAUGGACGGCGUCUUCUCCGCUCCCCCACACUGAUCACACACUCUUCGCACUCAAACUCUCAAAGCAAGCAGCCGCCCGCAGCACCCGCAAGUGAGGGAGCGCGGCGGAGCAGCAGCGCAAGGCGAAAUGGCGAGCAAGCCGGUCACCGUCGGCGACCUCAUCCACCGCGUCGCCACCUCCUGCCUCUCCAACCGCCUCCCCUGCAACUACAUCCGCGACUCCGUCGACAGCGAUCAGGAGGACGACGACGACGACCCGUUCGCCGACGCCGUCUCCAGCAGCGAAAAGUGCCGGCGCUCCCCCUCCGCGGCGGAGGUGGAGGACCAGGAGCAGCAGCAGGAGGAGGAGGAGGAGAAGCUCAAGAUCUGGGAGGAGGGGGGCCAGGAGGAGCGCAAGGCGGCCAAAGGCGACGCGGCGGAGGCGCUGAUGGCGGAGGUGUUCGACGCGGUCUCCGGGGUGCGCCGCGCCUACGCCGCGCUCCAGGGCGCGCAUUGCCCCUGGGACCCCGACAAGAUGCGCGCGGCCGACGCCGCCGUCGUCGCCGAGCUCCGCCACCUCGCGCGCCUCCGCGACCGCUUCCGCCGCUCCGCCGCCGCGGGCCACAUCCCGCCCCCGAACCCCUCCGCGCCGCCGCGCCGCGAGGCCGUCGCGCCGUACGAGGCCGCGCUCGACGACCUCCAGCGCCAGCUCCAGUCCAAGCAGGCCGAGGUGGACGGCCUCAAGGAGAAGCUCGCCGCCGCCACCAGCCGCCGCAACGGGCGCCACCACCCGUCCAAGCCCAACGGCCCCGGCGGCGCGCCCACGGCGGACCUCUUCACCACCUGCGCCGAGCAGGCCCGCGCGGCGACGCGGGCCUUCGCGGCGCAGCUCCUCCACCUGAUGCGCGCGGCGGGGGUGGACGUCGCGGCGGCCACCCGGUCCCUCACCAAGAUCCCCGUCUCCUCCCCGCAGCUGGCCAAGCACGCGCUGGAGGCGCACGUCACCCGCUGCCUCCUCGGCGGCUUCGAGCACGAGUCCUUCUACCUCGACGGCUCCCUCUCGUCGCUGCUCGACCCCGCCGCGUUCCGCCGGGAGCGGUACGCGCAGUUCCGCGACAUGCGCGGGAUGGAGCCCGCCGAGCUGCUGGGCGUGCUCCCGACCUGCGCCUUCGGCCGCUACGCCGCCACCAAGUUCGCGGCCCUCCUCCCUCCCCUCGUGGAGGAGGCCAUCCUCGGCGACGGCGAGCACCGGCGGGCGGUGAACGGCGGCACGCACCCGCGGACGCCCUUCUACGGGGAGUUCCUGCGCGCGGCCAAGGCCGUGUGGAUGCUGCACCUGCUGGCGUUCGCGCUGGAGCCGCCGCCCAGCCACUUCGAGGCCGGACGCGGCGCGGAGUUCCACCCGGAGUACAUGGAGAGCGUGGCCGGCGCGCCCCCGCGCGCCGGCGCGGGCAUGGUCGUGGGGUUCGCGGUGGCGCCCGGGUUCCGGCUGGGGAACGGCGCCGUCGUGCGCGCCCGGGUCUACCUCGUGCCGCGCGGUGGCCGACCGUGACAGGCCGAUGCACGGCGCGGCGCCGCGGUCCACGGAUCACCUCCGGCCGUUCGUCACUUCGUUGGGUGGGCGCCAUGCUGGAGCUGGACCUGCAGCUCAUUGGUGAAGAACAGUGGUAGUGGUAGUACCGUACCGUACUAGCUCCGUUCGUAGACUUUCACUGCUGCUCCUUAAUCUAGAUCGCCUUUUUCUCUCAAGUAAUCAACCAUGUCAAGAGGACUCGGAAUUGAAUGUAUCAUCACCGUUCGGUAAUAACCAGUAACAUUUCCUGA